CCCCCCCCCGGAUUAAUCUCAGUCCCCAUAACGAGGGUACAAGGAAGCUAAAUCGUAACCCGACACUGUGUUAUAACCUGCACAGGACCUUUUCCUCGUGUCUCCUGUUGAAAGUUUUGAGUCUGCAUGUAGGCUAGAAUGCCAACACCGCUACGAUACCGAUGACAUGGACUAAUGGAAUUGGCUGUUGAUGAGAAAAAGCGCUUAGUUUCUCGGGAACAGUUGAAAUUGCGCUUCUAAAAAAUUCCAACAUGGCCGACUUUGCAGCAAACUUGAAUACAAAUCGCCAGUUCUCAACUUCAAGGCCGUCAGUUUUCGACUUACUUGCUCAGGAUUCGCUAAGAGCUUCACUGCAACCUGCAUUCGACUUUGUUCUUAAAACUUUAUCAAUAAAAUACCCUGAAACUUUGGGAAAAUUCGAAGCCUACUCAGAUGAAGUAUUUUAUUUAAUGCUGGCCGUCAUUGAAAGGCACUUUAUUUGGAACCACGACGCCACAUUUUCUGAACACUUCUAUGGCCUAUCCAGAGUAAAUGUGACUGGAAAAGAGACGUCUGCAAAAAUUACCUUGUUUCAAAAAGUUGCUUCCCUUUUGUGCCUAAUACUCUUACCUUAUUUGAAAAGAAAGCUUGAAAAUUCAUACUUAAAACUAAAAGAGCAAAUGGUUUAUAAUGGACCAGGCAAUGAAUCCGAACCUUUCCCGUAUAAUUAUGUAAAAAAGUUUUAUCCAUAUGUACAUGCUUCCACAGAAGCAACUAAGCUGGUUUUAACACUUUCCUAUAUUGUAAAAUUGACUGAUUUUCAUACAUUGGCACACGGGUGCUUCAAAAUGGCACUGAGGUUCUCUGGUGGAUUCACAGAGAAACAAGCAGAUAACAGCCCAGUUGUAACGGGAAAUGGCAAUAGGCGGAUGCUGGAUAUUCUUAAGCAAUUGCCUUGCUUGCUGAGAAAUGGUUUUUCUCUGGCUACGGAGUAUGCCUUGCCAGUGACUGUUUUCUUUUUGAAAUUCCUGGAAUGGUGGUACUCUAGUGAAAAUAGUCCACACCAUACAAUGAUGUCAAGGAUAAUACCUCCUCCUCCAAAGGAAUUACAGGAAAGCUGCAGUAGUCACAAGCUUCCUCCAACAUCUCUGCAAUGCCCAUUGUGCUAUAAAGUGCAUCGAAAUCCUACAGCCUUAUCAAGAAGUGGGUACGUUUUCUGCUACAAAUGUAUAUACAGGUUUGUUUAUGACAAUAGAUGCUGCCCUGUUACAAAGCUUGAGUGUAGUUUAGAUGAUUUAGUAAGGUUACAUUUUUGAUAUGAACAAUUUUUGCUUUUCUAUACCCAUUUGAAUUAGAGAAAGGAUUAACAAGAGAAAGGAUUAACAUUUAAGUAUAUUUAGAAGAAACAUUUUCAUUAGUUCUAUUGUAUGCAGUUCUGGUGCAGCUUUGUUUGUGUUGUCAGUAUUUAAUUAUGAAUUAGAUUCCAAUUUGCACCAUGAAGCAAUACCACUGAAAACUGUAAAGCAGCCAACCCUUGUUGUUUGAAUAACCCAAUAGGCAAGCUUACUAAUAUGAUUUCAGUUCAGGCAAAUAGUUACCUUGUCACUCCAAAUUCAUGCCUAUUCUUUAUUGAUUUCAGAAGCCAAACCCAUAGGCACAUUUACUUAAAUUUUAGAGAGAAAAGUUGAAAUUAAGAAUCAAAAUAAGAGUAGUUUAUUUCACUUUUUUUAAUUCAUUUUAUAACUACCUGCUUAUGAAUACUUCUUUAGAAGGUUGACAGAAUAUCAUGUCUUAUUUUUUCCAAUGUUUAAAGAUACAAAGCUGCAUAAGUAAUCUCUUUUAGCAAAUUUAAAUAUACGUUUGUUACAGCCAUGGACUUGUAUUUGGUUAGGUGUUUACCAUUCCAAAAUCCCAUUCCAAAAUUAAUACAUACAUUUAAUCUCAUGGGCUAGAAUGCAGGAAAGUAUAGUACAUAAAUUGUGCAAAAUAAUGUAGAGUCCAUUGCUCAACCCCACCCAUUAUUUUAUUGCUUCAUUCAAAUGACAAAAUUGCCUGAGUUGUAAUACUUUUUUAAAAGUUACCACAUUCUCUAAUCCAUUGGACUCUUAUUUGACUAAUCAUGGACGGUUUUGCAGUCAAAGCAGAGCAAAAACAUUUCCUUGCUUACCUUUUCUCUUUCAACUGUUUCCCUGCCUGUCGAAGCCCUUUUUCACAAUGCCUUUGGGCCAGGGGUGGAGUUAUGGGGUUGGUAAUAGAUGAACUGAAUUAUAUUUUCUCUGCUGAGUUUGGAUAAAUUUCUCCAUAAGAGCCAAUGCUGCACCACAAAAAUCAUUACUUGAGAUCUAUGACCCAUUUCUAAAUGACAGGGAAGUAACUCAGCACCAAGGAAAUGCUCAAUGUUAGGGGCUGUUCAGUUUUGCAAGUGAUCAAAAGACAGAUGUUAAGAAUAAAAAACACAUUUCUCUAAAUGAAGUAAAAACUCUUGUAAAAAGAAGCGCAAUUAUAAAAAAUGUAACGAAUAGAGCUUGUAUGCCGUGUAAUUCUUGCUGAUUUGCAAUAUGAGCUAAAUUUACUCUUGUUGAAGAAAAUCCGUUUUCCUGAAGAAAAGAUACUUUCUUCAUCUGAAAAAAAUUAAAUUUAUUCGGAAUGUUUUGCAUUGAAAGACCCCUUAAAAUGUUAUUUGAUAUUUAAUAUGUUACCACAAGUUGUAGGCAAAAUAUUGAUUCUAUAAAUUCUGUCCUUGCGAAUUCCAUUGCAAAAUAAAGGUCGGGGCUGCACAGGUGAGGCCACUUUUAUGCAAUGCAUUGCAAUUGGACGGCUUAUUGCCUUUUCUUUUAGCCGUUAAAAGGCGCGUUGAUAGAUUUGCGAUUAUAUCAACACGAGAGCCGACGAGAGCCCCUUUCAUCACCAUUGCUCAUCCUGAGCUCAGUAAAAAGGUCUGACAGAAAUAUUUUGAUCUAUUUAUAUUGUUUAUAAAAGUAAUUUGUUCCUUAAUUACUGUUAACAAGUCACCAAUGACUAAACAAGGCCAAAAAAGUAUUUUUCUUAAUCUCCACACAUCCAUGGAUGUGCUUGAUAAGCAGAUUCACAGGAUCUGUUCUUUAGGGCGAGGUCUACCCUUCUCUUUCAUAUCCAGCCGUUGCUCGUGAAUUACCUUCCCUUGCGACGAAACCAGUGAAAAAAACUUACUGGACAUUCCACUGAUGUUUAGUUCUAUCGUUUGCUAAUACGCGCUUCGUGUUUAAAAGUUAUCGACCGAUAACCUAUCAUCCUCUGGCCACGUUAAGUAUAUUCGUUCAUAUCAGUUCAUAUUUUAAAUAAUGUGGUAAUAGACUAUUAACGUUAUUACCACUGUCCGUCGCCUCUGCUUUGGACAUAUAGAGCUAAAAAUGCAUACAACGAUUUUAUGCUGACAUAUUGAUGUUCUCCUUUUUUCUCUAACUUCUUGUGGGGAAUCCAAUGCCGCGUUGGUAUAAAUGUAUAUUCUCUGUGACACACUGAAUAGAAUCACAAACAAGGUGCGUCUCUUUCAACGCUAUGAUAAGGUCGUUUUCCAGCUUAGGCCCGUAUAGUUAUUCUCCAAUAAAAAAAACAAUGCGUCGUGUUUAUGUAUCCAUCGAAUUUCACAUAAUAGAUCUGUAGUGACCAUUGUCUAAACGUAAUCAUGUCCUCCAUUGUGAUUCUGUCAUUAACACUUUCCAUUGUCUUCGUAUCCACGUAACGUAAUAAACAACACAUUUGUAUCGUCUCUCAUUAUAUUUGUAUACGCCCUAAAUUGUAAUUAGUCAGUCAGUAAAUUCAUCAAGACGCAACGGUCACGCAAUAUCGUCUCUUGCUGGCUCCGUGUUUUCUGCACGUUAAAUCAGACAUAAAAACGACAGCAUUCGCAACAACAAAACCAAAAUUAAAUAUAGGAACUUCAUCAAUCAGCGUACCUAUAAAUGGUGACCACGACGUGACCGACUGGUAGGUUCUGCACUGUCGUUUUUACUCGUUUUAUGUCCACCGUCUCAACGUCAACCACUCGCAAAUUCCUGGAUUCAUCACGCUACAACUGCCAUCACGCAUACGUUCAACGCCUACGCUGGCUCACAAACAACGUCCUGUUGGCUGUUCCGAUGCACCCUGGAUUUGUGAUGUCUGUCUACUUGUUUCAACCCGUUCUUCGUGCAAUGUUUUAAUCUACCUCAUCAACUAAUCCCGCUCCGCCAGCACACUCGACCAACACUGUCCUACAGCACAGAAACUCUCCAACAGCACCACACCGUUCAUCGCUUCGCUGAAGUACACACAGAAUCACACAAAUGCCUUCGUCAAACACAACAUCAAACAGGUUCGGCAGCACACCCUACAAAAAGCUGGUGUUUAUCACGCUAGGUCGACAACAUUCCGCGCCCAGAAAAUGUUGCAGCACACACAAGGCAGCACCUCAGCACUCAUUUCAUACAGUGCCAUCACCCGCCUUGCAAGCAUCCAAAGGUUCCUGGUCACCCUACUCACAAAACCUCGCCUCACAUCGCAUCGGAAACAUCAUGGUUCCUGGUCAUCCUUCGAAAACCUCGCAGACACAAAGGCAAGAUUCGUCAACAUGAAGACACACAAAGUUUCACAUUCACGAACAUGUACAAUCAUUUGAACAUUUAACGCAACUAUUCUUUCGGACAUUUUACUAACAUUUUUUUUCAAACAUUUUAGAUAACAUUUCAUACAUUUUAUCGUUCGCUUCGCUUCAACCCACUCGCUCUCUAGGGGGGGAGCUCUGUAGUGACCAUUGUCUAAACGUAAUCAUGUCCUCCAUUGUGAUUCUGUCAUUAACACUUUCCAUUGUCUUCGUAUCCACGUAACGUAAUAAACAACACAUUUGUAUCGUCUCUCAUUAUAUUUGUAUACGCCCUAAAUUGUAAUUAGUCAGUCAGUAAAUUCAUCAAGACGCAACGGUCACGCAAUAUCGUCUCUUGCUGGCUCCGUGUUUUCUGCACGUUAAAUCAGACAUAAAAACGACAGCAUUCGCAACAACAAAACCAAAAUUAAAUAUAGGAACUUCAUCAAUCAGCGUACCUAUAGAUCCUCAACUAAAAACCGAAUCCUACAGUAAGCUACUCUACCCUUUUAUACUGUUCAACAAGAAAUUUCUAGAAUAUACUCGUACAACAUCACGUGUGCAGGUAUACAAUUUGGAAUAAGCAAGUUACAGCAUGUUACGUAAGGCUUACUCUAGAAGUUUUUACAGCGUGUUCUACUUGCAAGCAUUAUUAAUAAAUUACUCGAAAGGUCCAGUUCACCACAUUGUCCCUGUUUUGCAUUGUCAUUGCAAUUUGCCUUGAAUCAUCAUGCUUUAUUCCUGAGAACUGCAAGCUUUCCGUCCAUUCUUCUGUUUCUUAUGCACCAAAUACAUAAAAGCACUUGUUGUCCAAACAUACUCGAUUCCAACAGGUUCCAGUGGUCCAAAUACUUCAAUUGGUUUCAGUGGUGCAUGCGUUCUGUUAUUUGGUUCUUUUCAUUGUGCACAGAGCGAGCAAUUCUGUAAAUGUCUACUGAUAUCCUUCUUUAUACCUUUCCAGAAGAAGGCCUGUCUUAUUUUUGCGAUCAUUCUCUGAAAUCUUGGAUGUGCAGCUUCAAUCUGGUUCUGGACAAAAAUCUUCCCCAUUUCCCGCAUUUUGCACAACCAGCUGUUUUCUUACUCGUAUCAGUUUCCCCUUCCGAACAGGAGUCCACAAAUUGUACAGCAAUUCGUCUUCAAUGACAUAUUGAUUCUUGUGUCCCUCUGGCUCACUCCUGUCUUCUUGUGGGUGAUUAUCGCCAACACGUAAACGAGACAUUAUUUCUGCACACUCUUCGUCUCCUUUUUGGCUGCUCAUGACAUUUGUUGCUGAAAUGACUGCAACUUCCACCUUCGUUUCUUCAACAGGACAUCUAGAUAAGAAGUCAGCGUUACCAUUGCAUUUUCCAGGUCUGUGUUUCACCUCAAAAGAAUAGAGUUGGAGGUCACACAUCCAUCUUUCCAUCUGAGCACUCUUUGCCUUCAUUGUUUGCAACCAUUUGAGGGGUCGAUGGUCCGUCACAAUAACAAAUGUCCUUCCAAACAAAUAAUCGUGGAAAUAUUGUAACGCCCAUACGAUCGCCAAGCAUUCUUUCUGAAUCGUUGAGUAAUUUCUUUCACUACUUGACAGCUGUCUGCUUGCAUAUGCUACCACUGUUUCGUCAUCGACAAAGUUUUGCGCCAACACUGCUCCCAGGCCAUAGUCAUUUGCAUCAGUAUAAACCACAAAAUUACGAUUAAAAUCUGGUAGUCGAAGGACAGGCUUUUAUCGCCAUUGAGCACCAAAAAUUGUCAUUAAACCAUUUAUUAAGAAUAGCUGCUUCCGAUUCUAAGUCGUCAGUUAGUUCAUUCAUAUCAGUACUUGACAGCCAAAUUGUAUUAUCAUCUGCAUAGUUGCAUAUGUUGUUUUUGCUCAAAUGCAGAAAAAUAUGGAGGGUGAUAGAUUCCAACAAUUAUCCAUUUUUGUUUUUUAAAAUUAACUUCAACGGAAAUAGUUUCUAUAUCAUUUGCUGCGUUGAUAUUUCUUAAUUCUUUAGCUGGUAUAUUUUUAUUCACAUAAAGUAGUAAUCCUCCAGCUCCAAUUUUCCUAUCACGUCUAAAGGGCUUCCUAAACCCCUCAGCAGAAAACUGAGAUGUUGGGAAAGGAUUCGUCUAUUUUUGUUUCUGAGAUAAGAAAAAAAAAAUUUCCUUUUAUGAUUUCCAUAAUACUAGAAAGUUUAUUAGGAACAGAAUUUAUGUUAAGGUGUCCUAUAAUUAUCUUUUUAGGAUCUUUUAUUCUUAUUGAACUGAAAUUAAUUACUUAAUUUAAAGCGCUAUCUAUUACUUCGACAGAGCGCUCUUAAUUUUGAAUUUCCUCGUUUAAAUCAUUAUGUUCUCCGUGGGUUAUAAAUGAAUGAUUAGCUUUUUGACUAUAAGGGCAUGAAGGCUCAAUCAUGGUUAAACUGUGCAUUAUCUUACCCACUUGUCAUGUUUGCUGCAGAUGGUUAGUUAUGUUUCUCGCAAAAAGUAUGUUCCCUUGUCUAUAUGAUGAUAUCGUCUAAAUGCACCAGACAGUGUGUCCAAUGAAGUCUUGUUAGAACGUAGUUCAUCAGCCUUUGGAAACAAGCUGGUCCAUCGACGACACCAAAUGACAAGGUCUGAAAUUCCCAAUGCCCCUGCAAAGUCGAAAAUUCAGUCUUUUCCUUAUCUUCAUCUUUUAUUAGGAUUUGCCAGUAUCCGCUUUCCAGAUCAAAUGUGGUGAAAAACUUUGCUUUACUAAGUGCAUCAAGGGUGUCAUCAAUCCUGGGAAUAGGGUAUGCAUCCUUCUUUGUCAAAUUUCUGUAAUCCACACAAGAUCUUACUGUUCCAUCAGGUUUUGUGACCAAAACAACUGGAGAAUACCAUGGACUUUUUGGAGGCUUUAUGAUGUCUGCAACUAGCAUCUUUUGUACUUCUUCUUCUAUGAUCUUUCGCUUCGUUUCUGGUACCCGAUAUGGUCUUUGCUUUAUUGGAGAAGCAGAACCAGUGUCGAUACUGUGUUCCAUCACCAUGGUUCAUCCAAGUUUUGUCUGACCAACAAUCUACUUUCGUUUAAAACAUGGCACAAAUGUUGUUGUUCUUCCGUGGAGAGAUGCCAAAUGUUCAGAUCAGAAUGCCUUAUUACUGUCAUUGCUUUGUCCUUGACUUCUGCUUUCAUCUCCUGGAAAAGUUCCAACUCUGCUAUUUUAUCUCCUUGCUUCAGUCGAACUGGACUCUUCGUUGCAUUCAUAAUCUCAAGUGCUACUCUCCCGUUUUUUCUACAUUUGGUCAGCACACUUGUCACGUGGAUCUUUGUUGUUGAUUUUCCUGGUUGUCUCUCAGCAAACAGAAGCAGUCGUUCUCCGUCUCCGUUUAUUUUGGCUUUUAUCACCAUGCUGCGUAACCAGCGUACACGGAAUUCCUGCGCUGUGACAUCUAAACUAGAAAUUCUAUAUCCCACUCCUGUCACCAGUUAUGCCAUACCCAACCACGUCCAGUAUUUUCAGGAAUGUAACAAAAUAAAGAGAAGAUAAAAUCCUAAAGUCAUUCAAGUGUCGAUUUGUUUUUGAAAUUUUUAAUUGGCAUCAACGAUAAUCUCAGGUCUUUUGUCUCUUCCGACUCUUCAGGUCUUUUGUCUUUUAUUUCAAUUUGCAUUUGUCUUUUUGGUCGAUAACCUAAUAAAUAUUUGAAUCGUCCCUCUAUCCAUUCUUAGUUGUUACGUGCAAUUAAAAACACUUUUCUGCAUUUAGAGGCAACUGCUACUGGCUGGACUAGUUUUAGAUUCGAUAAAUGUCAUCCUGAACUGGUUGGCUGCUGCCUGAGGUUUUUCGUUAUAAUUUCAAAUCGUCGGCAUAUAUCUUCACAGAACUGUUUUCAAUGCAACCUGGUAAGUUGUCAAUACAAAUUAAAAAAACAGUAUGGGUCCAAGGACGCUAUCUUGGACGAAAUCAAUGAUCUAAUUGAGUACAUUACCUGUUAUUCCAAGCAAAGCUAUCUUAGAAAGAGGUUGUUGAUGGGGUACGGAGGCAAAUGCCUCUGUGAAGUGAAAGUAAAUUACAUCGAUGCUGUUAUCGUUCAUCAAGAAGAUAAGUCCAUUCUUCUGAGACUUAUAAUAAUUGUGUUACACUCUUAAGUUUUGCUCUGAAACCAUUUGAUAAUUCGCUCUGAUAGUCGACAAAUGUGGCUUAUAAGGUUGAUCGGUCUGUAAUUUUCUUUAUCGUGUUUCAGUCCAUAAGAUAGGAGUUAUAUUCGCCCAUUUCCAUUUCUAAAAGAUCAUUCUUGUGCUGAGGCUGGAUUUGACAAGUAAUCACAACGGAAAUGCAAUAAAAAAACUCAAGGUCAAGUAACUGAAUUUGCCUCACGUUUUGGCCACAAAUUCCAUCAGCUGUUGUAUCUUCAAAGAUUUCUAAAAUAGCAAGUCUCUUUGAGAUAAAUGCUGGAAGUGUUUUUACCUUAGAGAGGAAAGAGCCUACCUUGUGUAAGUCUGGACUUCUUGAUUGGAAAUUGGAAAAACUGCUCAUACGCUUGAUCUUAGCCCCGUUGCCGGCAAAAAGUUGUUAUGCUGUUUUUUAUUUGUAUUCUAUCCAUUUAUAUUUCUUAAUCUUGCUGUUUUCCCCUUGAUCUUAUUUUUGAUCAUCAUUCUGACGUUUAGUACUCUGCGGAAGGUCAAACAACAAAUAUUUGCGUAUUUAAAAGAACUCAUUUAUCACUUCGGUAAUCCUUUUGUAGCCAAUUUACUUUAUAGCAUUUUGCUUUGAAGUAGUGUAUUUUAAGCAAUUUUCAAGGACAUAAAGUUUUCAUGGCAAGAUUAUUUAACAAUAAAAGCACAUUUCUAAGUUCCUCCAUCACUAGAUGUCUUAGCCACUCCCUGGUAGCAAUUUCGAUUUUGUUCCAGGUAGAGUAGAGAAAAGCAGAUUAAUGCUGUCUCUUUACUCACAUUGUUCUUUAUUUAACUUUGGUAAUCUUCAUAGUUUUCGAUCUUUGUUUUGAUGUUUUAUACUCUGGAAGUAUCAGACGAAAAGCUUUCGUUUGUUUCAAUAGAUUUGCUUUUUUCAGAGCCUUUUUCUGUUAUAUAUUUUCACAAGAUAACUUCUUGGGGUGGGGAACACUGGUAGGCCCCAAACCAAGUUCCAGAGACUCACUCGAAAAGUAAUGAAUUCGAUGAUGUAGGUUCAAGGCUCCGAUUUUCCAAAACAACUUUAACUAUAUACACGAUAAUGACUUUAUACACAAUAAUAAGUAAAUUUCCUCAGUAAGAUGAUAAAUCCGUGAUCAGCGAAAAGGUUCUCUAGGUUCACAACUCCGCUUCCAAAAACAUAAAACAAGCAUAUAUUUCUCUAUAAUAGAAAUGUCAAUCAAGAUUAAGUUGAUGGUUAUAAAAGUCAGGGGGGUAUCUUAAGGAUAACACAGUUUCUCGACAUUUUCCACUUCUAUAUCAUCAUAAAAUUUUUGAUAAUCAUUCGGCGUUUAGUUCUGGGUGCAAGGUCAAACAACAAAGAUUUAUGUAUUUCGAAGAUUUAAUGUAUAAUUUCCGCAAUUUACUUUCAGAAUUUUCUUUUUUUGCAGCAUAUUAAUGCUUAUUUAAACGUGUAUGCAUUUCGUGGCAAGUUCUUCAACAAUAAGGCACAUUUCUAAGUGUUAAACCCAAGCGGUCUAAUUCCUGUCUAGCAGCACUUUUUGUUUCAGUUAGAGUUGCCAAGACAAGUUUGUAAUAAGUUGCCUCUUUAGCAGAUGAACCAGUCUUACACGAAACAAGGCUUAUCCAGUUUCUUUAUUGAUUUGGCUAUGACUUGUUUAUUUUCACUUGAGGUUUAUUUUUGAUAACCAUUCUGACGUUUAGUACUCUGAGGAAGGUCAAGUAACAAAGCUCGACAUGAUUUUUUUUCGCCAGACUGUUUUUUUAGUUUCGUCUUGUACUUCUUUAUCUUUCUUGUGUGAAAGCUUUCAAAGUCAUUUUCUAGUUGAAUAUAUUUACUGCUUACAAGAAUGUAUAAUGUAUGAUGUAUAUUUGCUGCUUAUUUUUUACUAAAACUAAAAUUCAUUCAUCCUCAAAAUGUCAUAUCUUAUAUUCAAGGUUUAUCUUUUGUUUGUCAGAUUUUGUUUCAUCAUUGAACAUGCAUUCCAUAUUACUAGAACUAGCAACUGCUUCAAUUACACGUUCUCUUCACUUGUUUGUGAAAAUCCUAUCUUCGUGAUCGUAGAAGAUACAAAAAUUACGAUCUUUGGCCUAUUCAAAAUCUAACUGUCGUAGAACACCUUUUUUUUAGAAAAUAUUAGCAAUUAGUGCAGUCAGUAAAAGGAGUAUGAACUGUCACUAUUUUUCACCAACCAGCAAAGCUUUUCAUUUAUUCUUCAUAGUGGAUGCCAAUUCACUUAAAUCUAUAUAGCGAAAAAAGAGGUAUAUUGACAAUAGAUGACUGAUACCUGUCUAUCAAGCUUGCAAAACAUUGUCCCUAGUAAUGAUUCUUGUGGUGCAGCAUUGUCUCUUACCUUAGUCCCUUCAAAUUUCGCCUGUCUUUAAUUUUCGCCCCGGAAGGGGGCGAAAAUUAAGGGGGGCGGAUUAUGGAAAUAUUUGAUGGGGCGAAAAUUAGAGGUAGCAAAAAAUUAAAGGGAACUUAAAAAAUUUAUUUUCUCUAAAAGAACCUUAGUAUUUAGGCCCUUCAAGAAAACUUCAAGUUACCAUCUUUGCGCGCGUCAAAUUUUUAUCCUGCGUUGAUUGCUUUCAUUGUUACAGUUCUCAUUUAGUGACUUUCUGGAAAUAUAUCCAUACUGAACGUCAUAAAAAAGAUUUCUCAAUCCUUAAAAUUUUGACAAAGAUGAUAAACUUAUGUCUUUUUAAGGGGCCUUACUAUAGUUCAAAAUAAAAUCCAUUAAUCUUCGAUAACGAUAAUAUUGUCCUCUCCAAUGUCUGAAGGGUGAUUUUGUUCUUCCAUUUCCAAAGUGCUCUCCUCCUCAGGGCCAUAUUCAUCCAAAUCAUCAGCGGCCAAUCUCUCCUCGGCUUCAGUUUGGUCAGAAGAUACUAUCAUCUUCUCUGUCUCAAUAUAGUAGUCUUGCAGAUAUUCUUUCAUUGGCGACCUUCUAUACUUGUUGUCUCGUACACGACCUUCUAAAGCGCUUCCAUAAUUCAAGAAAAAAUGGCAAAAGCGGUUUUUCAGCAAAAAGUUUCCAAGCAAAAAAAGAUUUUUCAGAGGCCCGAGUGUAGUUCCAUGCCGCAUGAACGUUCAUUGCUUGGAAACUGAUUAGGUCAAAGCUUUGAAAUUUAAAGUGUUUGGGGGCGAAAAUUAAAGAGGGCGAACUCAGCAAAGAAAAUAUAUUUCAGUUUACUUUGGUGUCUUUCAUUUUGCCAAUUUUUGUUGUUAAUUUUUUCUUCAUUGCUAAUUUGCUAUUUAUUUAUUUAUUUAUUUAUUUAUUUAUUUAUUUAUUUAUUCAUUUAUUUAUUCAUUUAUUUAUUUAUUUAUUUAUUUAUUUAUUUAUUUAUUUACAUCUUCUUAUGAUGCUUCUAACUUUGGCCAAGACAAGCGAUUGAAGUUUCUCCCUGAAUUCCCAUUUCCAAUAUUCUAACAAUCAGUACUCAGACGAAAAUUUCAACCUGCACAAAUAAGCUACAACAUUAAACACGAUCACUCUUCUGCCUUAUUCCAGGUGUCACAUUGCUAAUAAAACAUCAAUUUUGCAUGAACUCUCACUGAUCGUUUAAUGUUUCAUUCUGUCUGAUUAAAAAUCAAAAAUCUAAAUAGUCAUUUUGUUAUCUGAUAAAAUGUUCCAAGAUAAAAGAGGCUUAACUUUUGGUAUGAUUUGAUAAUUUACUUUGAAGUUUAUGCAUGGGCUUUUAUAGUACCGUAGUAUCUACAGCAUACAAUUUUCAUUAUAUCUUCGUUUCCUUUUCUAUGGGCUGUUUGAUCUAGCGUUUAUUUCUAAUUCUGGUUGUUUUUGGUUUCUAUUGAAAAGCAGGUAGUGAAGCUUUGUAUUUAGCAUUGCUUUAAGUAUUUCAGUUUUGUGUAGAUAAAGUUUUAUUUUUUUGUGUUUGCAUAGGAGGUGAUUCUUACAGCAAGUAUCUUUGUUUUCUUUCACCAGCUGAUUUUUUCACACUUGCAUUCCUACAAAUUGAUUGGACUGGCCUUCUUGGCCCUUUUGUCUCUUUAAAAAUCGCUUCAUUUCCCUGAUUCUCUUUUACCGUUUCCUUGUAGACGGCUGUACGCCAAAUAAAAUGGUUUACUGCCCCGUCAUGCUUUUAUGACGGCUUUCUUGAUUGCUGGUGCCUUUGUUACGUACCUUUCUGCCCACUUAUAUAUAUACUGCUCAAAAAAUAUACCACAGCCCAUAUGAAAAUUCUUCCAAGCUUUCAAUCAUCUCAACAGCAAUGAUAGCGUUAAUUUUAACUUGCAUCUAAAUGGUUCAUAACGAUGACAUCAACAUAAACAUCCACCUGCAAGACAUCAAGUUUGUUAUACAGUUUUAUUUUUACGUAUUUUGAGAGAAUUGCAUAACUUUACUCGGUCACGCCCUUCAGACUCUCGGAAAACGUGGGAAACGUCCUUUUCAGUAUUCUUGAUCUAUUUUGAAACUUUUGGAAAAGCAACUUUCUCAAGCAGCAUUUUACGUAACGGGAGCUUUUUGCAAGAACGAAAAUCGAAACCGACCUGAUCAACCCCCUCCUAAAGAUCUUUCAAAGGAAUUCAAGAAAUUAGAAAAUCGACCUCUGGGAAAACUUGGGUUGAUAUGUCCACCCCAGUCCACCCCGUGGCGUCGCCACUGGUCCAAUCCCUGAUUACAAUUUUAUACCUUUUUGUCCAUGACGUGUUAUUCAUUCCCCUCAUUUUACUUUAUCAUCUUCUAACCUUGAAGUUCAAAGACUUAGACCGUUUUUAUUAAAACCAGUCCAAUUAGCAUAACAUUUUUCAAAAUUAUGCUUGCUACUUAUUACACCAAGCGUUCUCCGAACCCCAUAUCCCGAAGGGCGAAUCACUCUAAGAAACUCUCGUACACCUUUUGUGAAAAUCCUGUUGUUUUAUCUGAAAAUCCCCAGAAAUCCUUUUGAUUUAGGCAAAAUCUCGUACGCUAUUUGCAAGAGUGAGUCGCCCCUCGCCAUAUCCUAUACUGCUUUACAUGUUCAAGGAGUGGUAAUGUUUUUUGGCAGAUAACUUUGGAUUGCAGUUUAUUCGACCAUGACUCCUUCAAAUAAGCUUAUUAAAAAGUAACUCAGAUGUUAAUUUUGAUAGUAGUCAACAUUCAUGCAAGUAUUUUAUAUCUCGCGUCUGUUAAAUUCAUCAUGUUUUUGGAAAAUGUAAAAAAACUUGUUAAUUUGUUUGAAUAUACUUGUAUUUAUUUAUUUUCAAAGUAGUUUUAAUGUCUUCAAAAUAUGUAAGUUAAUGUGAACUUUGCGAGUUAUUACUACUGUAAAUGUAUUGAUUGUAUUUUUGUCUUUCAAAAAAAUGUUUACCAGUACUGUAGUUCUUCCUCUGUCGCGUGAAUCUUGAAAAUCAAUCAAUUUCGCAUCACAAUUGUCGUCACCACCAUCAUCAUCAUCAUCAUCAUCAUCAUCAUCAUCAUCAUCAUCAUAAUCAUCGUCAUCAUCAUAAGCUUCAAUGUGAUCAUGACUGAAGUCCCUCUGAACGGGUUCAGAAACCCAGCUCAAAUUUGGUAAUACCUUUUGGCCAUAAUUUCAUAUACAGAACCUAGCUGUGUCAUCAAAUGAUUAACAAAGUCAAGAAAUGCAAAUAUUUUCAUGCAUAACAAUUAUCAUACUUUCAUUUACCUCCAUGAAGUUAUUCAUGCCUAAAAGCCUCUCAUUUUCCAUAUUUCUGAUGUCCCUAAAAACCUAAAUUCUGCUCUUGUUUUCAUAAGCAUAUCAACAAGCGAUUUUAUUAUUUCCGUUCAUCUAAAAUAAUAAAGUUAUAGACCUACAUAUUUGUGUUCUGAAAGCCAUUACAGGGCCCGCGCUACCGGAGGGGGGGGGGGAGAGGUGGCCAUGUCCGCCAACUUUUUUGCGAAGCAAGUAGUUGCUGUAGCUGCAAUAAAAGGGGUCAGAAGCCUUGGCCUGCUACAUUUUAGCCUUGGCCCACACCCCCACUUUCAAAUUCGUGGCGCCGGCCCUGAAUUAAUUCAAUUUUUUUGAAGAUAAAUGAACUUGUUUGAAGCUGUAAACUUUCACAGUUGUAAACUGUUGUUAAGGGCCCCAGUAAUCCAUUAGAAAAAUACAACAGUAAUCCAUUAGAAAAAUUAAUUCUUUCGCUUACAAUAUUUCAGGGAAUGAUUUUGCACGUAGAGGUAUUUCAUGGUGUUCUUUCAGGUUAUGUGGCCAUAAGUAAGAAAUUAUAGAGACAGAUUUUUCACGACGUCACAUUGCGGUAUUCUGUUAGCAAGCACUAAUUUUUGAACAAUGUGUCUUUGAAAAUUUUCUUGCAUGUUAGCAAAACAGAGCAGAUUCUUUCGGCUGACCAUGCUACUAGAAAUGUCAUGCAAGACUUUUAUUAAGUGGUGGAAAUUAAUUUUGCAGGUAGUGGGGGGGGGGGGGGAGCAAAACCCACAAAAACAGGAACAUUUGCCGACAAAUGACAGAUGCGCCAAAAUCUGUUUUUGACGGACAGGUAAGCAAAAGCUGGAGGGUGCUUCCCCUAUUCUACACGACCGCCGUUUAUAUUAUUGCCUUUAUUAAGUGGUCUUAGAGGCAGUUAAUAGAAUAUGGUUUUAGAAAACCAAUGUUGAAAAAAGAACAAGAUUUCGAACUCGGGUCUCAAAUGGCAAAAAAUAUCUGGUUUGUCCAAGCUAAACUGAAAACAAGUAUGUUCCUAUAUAUGAGUUUCUAUUGUAUACUGAGUGAUUUCAGUUGUUCAAAUAUAAACAUGUAUCGUCGACAUAUAAUUCUCAUGACUCAG